GUUGGCAGGUCAGAAUGAGUCUGGUGGUUGUGUUUCCCGAUACCUAUCGCCCGAAACCAAGGGGAUGGCCGUGGCAGGUGGCGUUUCUCCUCCUCCCGCCCUUCUCUGGUUACUCGUCGCCAUCUCUGCAAACAAAGGGGAGGGUGUGGGACGCAGGUGACGGUGACGGAGGAGCGCAGAGGAGCGUCCAGCAGGCAGCACUGAAACCCCACCCCGGGCCGGCCGUAUAAAUGCCGCUGCGCACAGGUGAAAGCCGAUCCCCACGGGCUGCGAGCGGCGGCGGGUGACGGCGACGGAUUCGGUCCGUGGGUUCUUCUUUGCCAUCGCUCGGAGCGUGUCACUGAACCGUCCACCAUGUCCAUGGGGCUGGAGAUCGGCGGCGUGGCCUUGUCGGUGCUGGGGUGGUUGUGCAGCAUCAUCUGUUGCGCGUUGCCCAUGUGGAGGGUGACGGCCUUCAUCGGCAACAACAUCGUGACGGCCCAGAUCAUCUGGGAAGGGCUGUGGAUGAACUGCGUGGUGCAGAGCACGGGGCAGAUGCAGUGCAAGGUCUACGACUCCAUGCUGGCGCUGCCGCAGGACCUGCAGGCCGCCCGCGCCCUCCUGGUGGUGUCCAUCGUCCUGGCCGUCAUAGGCUUGAUGGUGGCCAUCGUGGGCGCCCAGUGCACCCGCUGCGUGGAGGACGAGAGCACCAAGGCCAAGAUCACCAUCGUCUCCGGCGUCAUCUUCCUGCUCUCCGGCGUCAUGACCCUCAUCCCCGUGUGCUGGUCGGCCAACACCAUCAUCCGGGAUUUCUACAACCCGCUGGUGAUCGACGCACAGAAGCGGGAGCUGGGCACCUCGCUCUAUGUGGGCUGGGCGGCCUCCGCGCUCCUGCUGCUGGGGGGGGCCCUGCUCUGCUGCUCCUGCCCCCCCAAAGAGGACAGGUACCCCACGGGCAAGGUGGCCUACUCCGCCCCGCGCUCCGCCGUCACCAGCUACGACAAGAGGAACUAUGUCUGAGCCCCCCUCCCCGGGAUCCCUCGGCACCCCCUACCCCACCCCACCCCACCCC